AUGAGUGCUCUUUUCCAAGAAAUCAAGGGACGUCAACAAGACUUCAUGAAGGCUUUCAACGCUGGUGACGCCGCAGGAGCCGCGUCUGUCUACGAUCCGGACGGUUAUUUUAUGCCGAACGGACGUAACCCAGUCAAAGGACGCUCUGGAAUUGAGGCCUAUUUCAAGGAGGAUAUGGCUGAUGGAGUCCAAACUGCUCAAAUCAUCACGGAAGAAGUCAACGGAGGUGGUGAUUGGGCUUUCGAGAGAGGAAGCUACCAUCUGGAUGGUACUAAGGGACGUGAAUCUGGAGCGUAUCUCCAAAUUUGGAAGAAGGUCGAUGGUGUCUGGCUCAUCCACAACGACUGCUUCAACGUCAUCAAGAAUGCUUGCUAA